AUGCCUCAGGAAGAAUCCAAACCCAUAGACGCUCCUGUCAACCAGGAAGCUCUGAACGAUGCUGUCGACCACCUCAAGCUGUCCGAGGAACAGUCCAAAGGAGGAGUGAAAGAGGUCGCCGAGUCAAGCGGAGAAGACAACAACGACGACUCGACACAAGCACCCGCCAAAAAGUCAAAGAAGAAGAAGAUCAAGGAUGCCGUCUCGAACCUCGCAUCAUCCUCCAAGUCGCCUGCCGCUCCUACAUCCGCCGAAGACCCUUUACCCGCCUCGACCGUCGAUAAACUGUCCGACUCGCAAAUCAAUGCUCUGGUACAAAGCAAUCCUGCCCUGGCCCAGGCCAUGCUCAAGGGUGGCACAUCCCUCGACGCCCGUAGCAUGCGCGAACUUCUCAAGUCCGUUAGCGCUGCAGAUCUGAUGACUGGCAUGAGCUCGGGAAAGAACGCAAAGGACAUGGCCAACUACAAGUUCUGGUCCACCCAGCCCGUCCCUCGCUUUGACGAGAAGGCUGCUUCCGCCGAGAAGUCGGUCGUCGAAGGGCCCAUCAAGGAAGUCGAUCCUGCCAAGGUCUCUACAAACCCAUCUCCUCUGGUCGCCGGUUUUGAGUGGUCUGAAAUCGACCUGUUGGAUGAGGCCGAGCUGAAGGAGGUUCAAGAGCUGCUCUGCAACCACUAUGUCGAAGAUGACGAGGCCAUGUUCCGCUUCAACUACCUCAACGAGACUCUCAACUGGGCUCUCAAGGCUCCUGGCUGGCGCAAGUCAUGGCAUGUUGGUGUGCGUGCUACCAAAUCACGCAAGCUGGUUGCUUUCAUCUCUGGUGUUCCCGUACGACUCAACCUCCGCAGCAAGCGUCUUGCUCCUGUUCUUAUCAUGGAAAUCACUCGUCGCUGCAACCUUGAGGGUAUCUACCAGGCCAUCUACACCGCUGGUGUUGUCUUGCCUAAGCCCGUGGCUAGCUGCCGUUACUUCCACCGUGCUCUUGACUGGGAAAAGCUCUACAAUGUUGGCUUCAGCCCGCUUCCUCAUGGCAGCACCAAGAUCCGCCAGAUCUCAAAGUACCGUCUGCCAGAGCGCACUGUGACUCCUGGCCUCCGCCUGAUGCGCGCAGAAGACGCCGAUCAAGUCACAGACCUGCUGCAACGCUACAUGAAGCGUGUCAAGAUGGCACAAGAGUUCAAUAAAGAAGAAGUCCUGCACUGGUUCGUUGACAAAGAGGUCGACCCAAAGAGCAACAAGCGUGUCGUGUGGACAUACGUCGUCGAAGACGCCAACAAGAAGAUCACCGACUUCUUCAGCUUUUACAGCCUCGAAAGCUCUGUGAUUCAUAACGCUAGUCACCAGAGCACAAUCCGUGCUGCCUACCUCUUCUACUACGCCACCGAAAGUGCCUUUGAAAAACAAAAUGACGAGGAUGAUGUCCUCAAGGCUCGUCUCAACUUGCUGGUCAAGGACGCCUUGAUUCUCGCCAAACAGAAGUUCGGCCCUGGAGAUGGACAAUUGCACUACUACCUCUUCAACUACCGUACCGCUGACCUGCCUUCUGGUGUCGACGCCAAGAACCAAGUCGAUGCCAGACAGCGUGGCGGUGUGGGUGUUGUCAUGUUGUAG